CCUAACCUAGCAAGGCGCCAGUGCAGUUGUAGGCGCCUCGCCCUUGCUUUGCGAAGGCAUUGGCGCCAGCACAGUCGCGUCUCUGGCGGAGGAGUCUUACCCUCAGGAAGCUACCAUCUCUACCGUCUCUUCCUUCCUCCAGCUGGCGGCGGCGGAGGCAGGUUAUGCUUGCCUCCUCCACCACCUCCACCUCUGACUGCCCGCCUGCCGCUGGCUGUAGCUACAGUGGCGGCGGCGGCGCCGGCUCCGCUGUAUCGGCGGCGGGGAGGUGGGGCAGUAGUUUUAAAGUAGCCACUCGCCCUUGCCUCAGAGAAGAUGCCACUUGGAAUGAAGAGGAGAUGACCGAACUUUUUACAGAUAACUUUUGUCAAGUAUGUGGAGUGGUGCUGCAGUUAAACUCACAAAAGAUUUCACAUUAUGAGAGUGAAAAACAUGCUCAAAAUGUUAGACUUUAUUUUCAAAUGCAUGAGGAACAAAAUAAAAUACAUAGUAAGAAAAUGAACAUGCAUUUUGGGAAUUUUAAGGUACAUAGGACUGGAACACUGGAUAGAGACAGAUUUUGUGACCUCUGCAACAUGAUUUUUAGCUCCCCAGUUGUUGCUCAGUCUCAUUAUAUGGGGAAGGUUCAUUCUAAAAAAUUGAAGCAAAUAACAGCGAAACAUAAUCAGGUGCCUUCAUCAGCAUUUCAGCCAGAAAUGGCAUUUAAUAUGAGAACCUAUGUUUGCCGUAUCUGUAGAAUGACCUUUAGAUCUUUAGAUAUGUUUUGGGCACACAUGCAAGGAAGAGAACAUCAAAUCAAGGAAUCUCUUGUUAUCAGUCUAGUGAGAAAUUCAAGGACACAAGAUGAUUACCAAGAUGAAUGUGCAAAUUAUAUCAAACUACAAAAAUACGGAGAACAAGAGUCCAAGACUCAUUUCAGAAAAAUGGAAGAAAACUCUUUGGAAGCUCAUGGGUGCAGAGGAGUGGUUGAUUCUGGACUUACAUAUAAAAUAUUUGAACAAAGACUACAUUUUGAUACUUGCCAGACAUAUCCAGGACCAUACAAUAAUUCACAAGCAGUGAAAAACCAAUUACCUCAUUGCUUACCAGCUCAUUUAGAGAAGACUUAUGACUCUUUCCAAGAUGAACUUGAAGACUAUAUCAAAGUGCAGAAAGCUAGAGGACUACAUCCACAGACUUGUUUUAGAAAAAUCAAAGAAAACUCAGUGGAAUCUGGAUACAGAGAAAUGUUUGAUACUGAGCUCAAACAAAAAAUAUGUGAGCAAAGAUUUUCAUGUGAGACUUUCCAUAGCUACCCAGAACCAUACAGUAGUUCACUAGUGGAUGGUGAUGUACCACAUUGCUUAUCAGCUCAUUCAACGAAGACUUAUGACUCUUUCCAAGAUGAGCUUGAUGCUUAUAUCAAAGUGCAGAAAGCCAGAGGUUUAGAGCCAAACUCCUGUUUUAGAAAGAUAGUCAAUACCUCUGUGGAAACUCAUAGGUACAAAGAAAGUUCUGAUAAUAGACCCAGACAUAAAAUGUUUGAGCGAAGACUUCCAGUUGAAACCUUCAAGACUUACACAGAAUUAUACAGUGUUUCCCAAGCAGUAGAAAACCAGUUGCCUCAACCAGGUCCUGACAGAAAACAGACAUUUGAUUCUGUGAGCUAUGAAUUCAACAGAGGAUAUUUUCCAGAAAAACCAGUACCCCUGAGCUUUGGUCAUCAAGAAAAUAACUCUGGCCCAUACAGCACAGAAUGCGAAGUUUACAAACGCCUCUCAUUAGAAAACCAUAUUAGUGACCUUGGAGCAGAUUAUAAACACCGACAUCAGAAGAGACGACAGUAUGUGGAGGAAGUCAAACAAAGACCAGAGAAGGAACAGUCCAAGCAUAAAAGGAAAAAGAGUUACAAGGAAGAUACAGAUUUAGACAAAGAGAAAAACAUACACCAAAGUAAAAAGAAAGAGGACAAAGUCAGGGGCAGUUUAGGCAAGCUUAAGCAUCGAAAAAAGAGAAAAAGCCACGAUGUAACUUCUGAAAAAGAACAUAAGCACAAGAAAGAGAAAAAAAAAACUGUUGAGGAAAGGACAGUAGAGGAAAUGCUUUGGGAUGAGUCAAUUCUUGGAUUUUGAACUUUUAGUUUACCUGAGGAUUGUUUAAAGAAAACGGCAUAAAUGUAGAUAAUGACAGGAACAUCCAGUGAAGAAAAGGAGUGAUAGAUAAUACUAGACUGGGAAAGGUUUUUUUUUUUGUGUGUGUGUGUGUGUGUGUGUGUGUGUUUGCGUGUGUAUGUGUGUAAAUCUUUAAUCAAAAGAGGAAACAAAAAAGUCUAAAUCUAGUCUUUGAAAAUUAACAUAAGGAAAAGCUAUUGAAGAAAAUACAGAAGAGUCAGUAUUUUGAGGGAGUCUAUUCUUGUCUUUUGAAGUUUUAGUAUUUUUGAUACAAGGAUAAAUUGAAGAAAUUAGUGAAAAAAACUUUUGACAAAAACAAGUGUGUGUCAUAUGAGAAGAAGAAUAGAUGCAUGGUAGUCCAGGGAAGUAGAUUAGUCCCCUCCUUCCCUCUAUGUCUCCCUUCCUUUUUUGAAAACAUGAAAUUUUAUUGAGAGAAGAAACAAACAAAAAAGUCCUAAACUUAGCUACUAAGAUACAAGACUAUAACAUAGAAAGAUCAUGAGAAAAUAAAAUCAUUAAAAGAAAGCAAGAGCCAGUGCUUUGGCAUGAGUCUACUCUUGGUUUUUACACUUUGCAGUUUUGUUCACUUAUAAUUGA